CGUCCCGGCAGUUCCCGGCGGGAGGCUGACGAGAUGCAACGCGUCUGCGCACAUCCCCGCGUUGUUCUCACUGCGCAUGUGCAGUUGCAACCGGGAUAGUAGACCCUGCGCUUGGUGCGCCUGCGCAGAAGCAAGGCGCGCCGGGGCGACUGGAGCGGUUCCCUCGCAGGCGGCGCCAUUUUGUGCUAGGAGCCUGAUAAAACCGGCCCGGUUCUGUGGAAAGUGGGCGGCGGAGCCAGGGUCCCUGGAAUGGCGGAGACUCUGUCAGGCCUGGGCGAUUCUGGAGCGGCGGGCGCGGCGGCUCUGAGCUCCGCCUCGUCAGAGACCGGGACGCGGCGCCUCAGCGACCUGCGAGUGAUCGAUCUGCGGGCGGAGCUGAGGAAACGGAAUGUGGACUCGAGCGGCAACAAGAGCGUUUUGAUGGAGCGGCUGAAGAAGGCAAUUGAAGAUGAAGGUGGUAAUCCUGACGAAAUUGAAAUUACCUCCGAGGGAAACAAGAAAACAUCAAAGAGGUCUAGCAAAGGGCGCAAACCAGAAGAAGAGGGUGUGGAAGAUAACGGGCUGGAGGAAAACUCUGGGGAUGGACAGGAGGAUGUUGAGACCAGUUUGGAGAACUUGCAGGACAUCGACAUCAUGGAUAUCAGUGUGUUGGAUGAAGCAGAAAUUGAUAAUGGAAGCGUUGCAGAUUGUGUCGAAGACGAUGAUGCUGAUAACCUUCAGGAGUCCCUGUCGGAUAGUAGAGAGCUAGUCGAGGGGGAAAUGAAAGAGCUUCCGGAGCAGCUUCAGGAACAUGCUAUAGAGGACAAAGAAACUAUAAACAAUUUAGAUACUUCAUCAUCUGACUUCACUAUAUUACAGGAAAUUGAAGAGCCAUCCCUGGAGCCAGAAAAUGAGAAAAUACUCGACAUUUUGGGGGAAACUUGUAAAUCUGAGCCAGUAAAAGAAGAAAGUUCCGAGCUGGAGCAGCCAUUUGCACAGGACACAAGUAGCGUGGGGCCAGACAGAAAGCUUGCGGAGGAAGAGGACCUAUUUGACAGCGCCCAUCCGGAAGAGGGUGAUUUAGAUUUGGCCAGCGAGUCAACAGCACACGCUCAGUCGAGCAAGGCAGACAGCCUGUUAGCGGUAGUGAAAAGGGAGCCCGCGGAGCAGCCAGGCGAUGGCGAGAGGACGGACUGUGAGCCUGUAGGGCUAGAGCCGGCAGUUGAGCAGAGUAGUGCGGCCUCCGAGCUCGCGGAGGCCUCUAGCGAGGAGCUCGCGGAAGCACCCACGGAAGCCCCAAGCCCAGAAGCCAGAGAUAGCAAAGAAGACGGGAGGAAGUUUGAUUUUGACGCUUGUAAUGAAGUCCCUCCGGCUCCUAAAGAGUCCUCAACCAGUGAGGGCGCUGAUCAGAAAAUGAGUUCUCCCGAAGAUGACUCGGAUACAAAAAGGCUUUCCAAAGAGGAAAAGGGUCGCAGCAGUUGUGGUAGAAAUUUCUGGGUUAGUGGACUCUCUUCUACAACCAGAGCUACAGAUUUGAAGAAUCUUUUCAGCAAAUAUGGGAAGGUGGUGGGCGCCAAGGUUGUGACAAAUGCCCGGAGUCCUGGAGCUCGCUGUUACGGUUUUGUCACGAUGUCCACAGCAGAAGAGGCCACAAAAUGCAUUAACCACCUGCACAAGACGGAGCUCCACGGAAAGAUGAUCUCUGUGGAGAAAGCCAAAAAUGAACCUGUGGGAAAGAAAACCUCUGACAAAAGAGACAGUGACGGGAAAAAGGAGAAGUCGAGCAACAGUGACAGAUCUGCAAACCUUAAGAGGGAUGAUAAAUGUGACAGAAAAGACGAUGCUAAGAAGGGUGACGACGGAAGUGGAGAAAAGAGUAAGGACCAAGAUGAUCAGAAACCUGGCCCCUCAGAGCGAUCUCGAGCCACAAAGUCAGGAAGUCGAGGGACUGAACGGACUGUAGUAAUGGAUAAAUCCAAAGGGGUGCCUGUGAUUAGUGUAAAAACAUCCGGGUCCAAAGAGAGAGCUUCCAAAAGCCAGGAUCGCAAAUCAGCCAGCAGAGAGAAGCGGUCUGUUGUGUCCUUUGAUAAGGUCAAGGAGCCUCGGAAGUCGAGAGACUCAGAGUCUCAUAGGGUGCGUGAACGCAGUGAACGCGAACAACGCAUGCAGGCGCAGUGGGAGCGCGAGGAGCGUGAGCGGCUGGAGAUUGCCCGAGAGAGGCUGGCCUUCCAGCGCCAGCGGCUGGAGCGGGAGCGCAUGGAGAGGGAGCGGCUGGAGCGCGAACGCAUGCACGUGGAGCACGAGCGCAGGCGCGAGCAGGAGCGCAUCCAUCGUGAGCGCGAGGAGCUGCGGCGCCAGCAGGAACUGCGCUACGAGCAGGAGCGGCGGCCCGCGGUACGGCGACCCUACGACCUGGACCGGCGAGAUGAUGCCUAUUGGCCGGAAGCCAAGCGGGCCGCCCUGGAUGAGCGCUACCAUUCCGACUUUAACCGCCAGGACCGCUUCCAUGACUUUGACCACAGGGACCGUGGCCGCUACCCCGACCACUCGGUGGACAGGAGAGAAGGUUCAAGGUCAAUGAUGGGAGAACGAGAAGGACAGCAUUACCCAGAACGGCAUGGAGGACCAGAGCGCCACGGCCGGGACUCCCGCGAUGGCUGGGGGGGCUAUGGCUCUGACAAGAGGAUGAGUGAGGGCCGGGGGCUGCCUCCUCCCCCCAGACGUGACUGGGGGGACCAUGGCCGAAGAGAGGAUGACCGGGCAUGGCAGGGCACGGCUGACGGGGGCAUGAUGGACAGGGAUCACAAGAGGUGGCAAGGUGGCGAAAGAAGCAUGUCCGGUCACUCUGGGCCUGGCCACAUGAUGAACCGAGGAGGAAUGUCAGGGCGCGGCAGCUUUGCCCCAGGCGGGGCCUCCCGGGGCCACCCCAUCCCACACGGUGGCAUGCAGGGCGGGUUUGGAGGCCAGAGCCGGGGGAGCAGGCCCAGCGACGCCCGUUUCACUCGCCGCUACUGAGUACUUGGAAUCCUGUGUCCUGUUACGUGGCAACAAGGCUAUGUUCUGUUAGGAGUUACCUUAAACUGUGUAAAAAUAUUUUUUUUUAAUCUGCUGCCAUAUUGUAGCUCAAUACAAUGUGAAUUUGUUUUUCGUUUUGGGGUUUUUUUUUUUUUUGUAAUAAAUGUGUUUCCGUUCACAUACCCUUUA